AACUUUUUAGAUAAAGUUUCCAGCAGAUCAUUGCUUACUAAGAAGCACUGUAAUAGCAUCAGAAGUAAGUGUCAGAAAUCACUGCUAUUCUAAGCAAGAGGCCUUUUUGCUGUCAGUGUUUUGCCCACUGCAGAACUACGCACAGACCCUACCAAUCCAUUCUUCACACGUGGUGUACCUUCAUACUGGGUCUAAUAUGGGUCGUCAGGUUUUGCACUAACUGGUGGAGUACAUUCCAGCUUGAGUGCAUGCUGUCAUUAAAGCAAAUGGGAGGCAUAUGAAAGUCAUGUACAUACAGUCAUGUACAUACUUCCCCUUCAAAUUGUCGAGCUGAUAUUAUUAUUUGUAAUGAAAAAAUUGUAUUAGAUUUGAAGUUCAUUCAAUGCAGAGGGGUCUUGACCAGCAGUCAGGAGAGUAAGGACUACACUAACGCACUGUGUCUGAGUCACAGGAUUGUAGCCACUGAUCAAUGUACGCGUUCAACCCUUCCCUUUGCUUGCCCCGCCCUCUCUCCCUCUCUUUUUCUUCGAUAUUAAAAUGUAAUGGUGAAAUGGUGAGUGAGGGACCCUCUCGUGAAGCUCCGCAGGGUGGGGGUGGGGGGGUCGUAGAAUAGAAAAGCUUCUGCACCCUCUGCUCUGAAUCAGAACCUCCUCUGCGCCCUGCAGGAUGCCUGGAAACAUCAGAUCAGUGUCUGCUGUGCGGGUGGUGUUGCUCUGUCUGGUGUUCUGCAGGAGACUGACCAUCAUCGGCGCAGCACCCAUCUGUACCAAUGGCCAAGCCGGGUGCCACGUCCUCUCCCUGGCCAACCUGUUUGACCGGGUCAUCCAACACUCGGCCAGGAUGCACGGCAUUUCAAACGACCUUCACUCUGAGUUUGAGCAGUACUUCCUGCCCAGUAAGAAUCAGGUUGGCCGGGUCAGUCGUAACUGUCACACCUCCACCAUCCUCACCCCAAAUGGCAAGGAGAACGCUCAGAGAAUGGCGAGAGAGGAGCUGACAGAGGUGAUCCUGAAGCUCCUGGUGGCGUGGGGGGAUCCUCUGUGGCAUUUCCACCAGAGCAUGUCUCACCACCACGACUUCAACAACUUCAGCUCCAAUAAAGCUCUUGAGAUGAGCGACAUGGUGCACGAGCUACGCAAAGGCGUAGAGAAAGUGGCCGAGAAGAUGCAGAUGUUGGGGAUAAUAGUUAACUCUGUCAGCAGCCAGGCUUCCCCUGAGGCUUUGUUGCCAUCCGACAGCGCUGAAUGGCGCCUGAUGAAAGACUACGACCUCCUCUACUGCUUUCGCCGAGACUCAAACAAGGUCCAGAACUACCUAAAGAUCCUGAAGUGUCGCAUCGUUCCGGAACACGGGUGCUAAGGGGCCGGACAGCCGGAGGAGGCUGCGUUUAACUUCCAGAAAUAUCAACACAUUGGAAUGGAAAUGUUUCGGUUAGAAACAACAGGGAUAAAGCUGUAGCUUUUGUUGUGUUUUGUAUGGAAUGUUAACUGACACACACAUAUGUUCACUCCUAACAUGAAGUGCUACUGGAACCUAAAGACUCUACCCAACCCCCUGCUUCAUGCCUGAUAAUAUAUGAGUGAGGACAAACAUGAGUUGAGUAUGGACAGGAUGGAAUAAGUGUAAUACAUGUUAUUAUAGACUCUUGUAUAACGCACAUUAUGUUUAAAUAUAAACAUAUAAAACAUUUCAGAAACAUG